CAAGUUGUGGCAACUUCUCAAACAUCCCGAUUCCACUCAGAAACUUUAGAGACGCUCUCAAAUGAUGUUGAUGUUAAAGGUGUUAACAUAACAGUUGGCGAUCACGAUCUUCUCAUUGAUGCGGAGCUCAAAUUAUUUGACGGUGUCAAAUACGGCCUUUGCGGUCAAAAUGGCGUUGGUAAAUCAACUCUUCUUAAAUGUCUGGGUGAUAAAUCUCUCAUUGGAUUUCCACGAAAUAUCAACGCGCUUUACGUUGAACAACUCGAAGGAUCUGACACAAGCGUAUCUGCGCUCGAAACCGUUGUCAACGCAGACAGAAAGAGUCAUAUGCUCAGACUAAGGUUUAAAGAGCUACACGAUAACUCAUUAUCAAUGAUUAGAGAGGAUCUGGAGAUCCGUGAUGCCGAUAGUUUGGAAGCCAGAGCCCGUAGUAUUUUGAACGGGUUAGGAUUCACAAAGGAUAUGCAAGAUGGCUCUAUUGACCAGCUGUCCGGUGGAUGGAGAAUCAGGGUUGCAUUGGCUUCUGCUUUGCUUAUCAAACCUGACAUUUUGCUCCUCGAUGAACCUACAAACCACCUCGACCUUCCGGCUAUCCUGUGGCUGCAAUCAUAUCUCAAGUCUAUUGACUCCACUAUCGUCGUUAUAUCUCAUGAUAGAGCAUUUCUCAAUGCUGUCACUGAAGAAACUAUUGUGUACAAAAAUCACUGUUUGUCUUAUUACAAAGGAAACUAUGAUACGUAUAGACAAUUUUUAGAUGAAAAGCAAGAGCACUUAAAACACAAGGUGGAGAUUCUGGAGAAACAGAAAAGCGCAUCCGAGAAAUCUGUCAACAAUGAAAUGACCCGUGCUCGUAAAUCUGGUGACGACAAGAAAAUGGCUGCCGUUGCAUCGAAGCAACGUAAAGACAGACCUGGCUGGAAUGAUAGCACUCGCCCGGAUAUUGUGCUUGAAACGCUAGAAAUACCACCUAAGUGGUCAUUUGAUGACCCUGUGCCUCUACGUUCCUCCGGGGAUAUUGUCAGUCUGGAAAAAGUAUCAUUCAGAUACUCUAAAUUGACGCCAGAUGUCUUGUCUGAUGUUACGUUACAAAUUACCCAAAAUAGUCGUUUGGGUGUUAUAGGAGCAAAUGGACAGGGUAAAAGUACAUUGCUUAAACUCAUAAUUGAUGAGCUAUCUUCCACUGUCGGUAGCAUUGUCAAACAUAGGCAAGCAGUAAUCAAACAAUUUUCACAACAUAACGUUGACGAGUUGUUGGUCUGUGGCUCAGAUAAAAAUCCUAUCAGUCUUCUAAUGCAGGAAUCUGCUGCCUUAACUGAGCAGGAUGUGCGGGCUGAGCUUGGAAAGUUUGGUGUGAAAGGGUCGAAAGCUAUGACCCCACUUGUCUGUUUGAGUGGUGGGGAGUUGUCUAGAGUUGCGUUUGCGAAGAUGCUUAUUGGUGUCACACCACACUUACUUGUUCUAGAUGAACCAACAAAUCAUCUUGACUUUCUGACAAUCGAAGCACUAAUUCAGUGUAUUAAGAAGUUCAAUGGAGCAGUCGUAAUCGCUUCACACGACCAAGCUUUUAUCAAUGAG